CAUUCACUGGAAUUUUACCAAUUAAGUUACGAUUUACCUUUGAUAAAAGUAAUAUUUGAAAUGGUACAAAACAUAUACAUAAAAUUAUUAGAAUAUGCUGUGAUGGUCCAGAAAGACGAGGAUGAGCCCCCAGUUAUUAGGUUAUCCUGAAGAAGUCUGAAUGUAAGUUGUUGCUGUCUGCACAUUUGAAGAGAUGGCAAAUGUUCUGGUAAUUGGUAGUGGAGGUAGAGAACAUGCAAUUUCUUGGAAACUGGCACAGUCAGAUGAGGUCACAAAAAUUUAUGUUUCUCCUGGUAACGCUGGUAUAUCUCAAGUUAAUAAAGUGAUAUGUGUGGCACUGGAUAUCAAGGACCAUGAGGCUGUUGCUUCAUGGAGUAAAGAAAACAAUAUAGGUCUUGUGGUGGUGGGACCUGAAGUUCCACUAGCAGCUGGAAUUGCUGAUGUAUUACAUGCAAAUGGAGUAAAUUGUUUUGGUCCAGGCAGAGAUGCCGCUCGUAUUGAAUCUGAUAAAGACUGGGCCAAGAGUUUUAUGGACAGGCACGGCAUUCCGACAGCAAGAUGGGGGGCAUUCACAUCAGCUGAUAAAGCUAAAGCAUUUAUUGUAAGUUCCAGUUUCCCAGCGUUAGUAGUGAAAGCAAGUGGACUUGCAGCGGGAAAAGGAGUUAUAGUAGCAUCUUCACAGUCUGAAGCAGGCAAGGCAGUGGACAGCAUUCUGACAGAUCACAUACUCGGAACUGCUGGCAACACUGUGGUUGUAGAGGAACUGCUGGAGGGGGAAGAAGUGUCGGUCCUUGCAUUUGUGGAUGGAUCAAAUAUAAGUGUCAUGCUCCCAUCACAAGAUCACAAACGUCACAUGGACGGUGAUACUGGGGCCAAUACAGGGGGCAUGGGUGCAUACUGUCCAUGUCCACUGAUCUCAGAGUCUGAUCUGGCCAAAGUUAAAGACACAGUCCUCCAGAAGGCAGUCAAUGGGCUGAGAAUGGAGAAGACUCCAUUCACAGGAGUUUUGUACGCAGGUCUUAUGUUAACAAAGAAUGGCCCAAAAGUCCUAGAAUUCAACUGCAGGUUUGGAGAUCCAGAGGCACAAGUCAUAUUGCCCUUGCUUCAAUCAGACUUAUACAAAAUCAUGUUGGCUUGCUGUGGGGGUAAGCUAGACAAACACGUGUUGCGAUGGAGACCAAAUACAUAUGCUGUUGGUGUAGUGAUGGCAAGCCGAGGCUAUCCUGAGUCAUCAUCUAAAGGAAAUAUUAUAACAGGUCAUGAUGUGGUUUCAAGAAGGCCUGAGCAUUUAGUGUUCCACUGUGGAACGACUAUAUCAGCUGAUGGAAAUCUCGUUACAAAUGGUGGAAGAGUAUUGAUUGUUACCGCUAUAGCAAGUGAGCUCAUGUUAGCAGCUGCGAAAGCAACGAUAGCUUGUGGGACAAUUGUUUUUGAAGGAGCCCAAUACAGGACAGACAUAUCUCACAAAGGAAUUGCGAGAUCAUUACUCCAGGAAGGCUGUCUGUCGUACAAGGCUAGUGGUGUGGAUAUUGUAGCAGGGGAUAAUUUGAUUAGGAGAAUUAGGCCUGCAGUAGCUCAGACAAAUCGUAAUGGAGUUCUUGGUUCAAUUGGCAGCUUUGGAGGCUUGUUUGAUAUUAAAGCUGCUGGCUACAAGGAUCCUGUUCUUGUUUCAGGCACUGAUGGUGUUGGAACAAAACUGAAGAUUGCUCAGGCCUGUGGGCUGCACUCGACGGUAGGCAUUGACUUGGUAGCUAUGUGUGUCAAUGACAUCCUGGCCCACGGAGCAGAGCCAUUAUUUUUUCUUGACUACUUUGCUUGUGGUGUCCUAAAUGUGGAUGUUGCAAGCCAAGUGGUGACUGGAGUUGCUGAAGGUUGCCAAAGGGCAGGUUGUGCUCUUGUUGGUGGAGAGACAGCAGAGAUGCCUGGAAUGUACGCAGGGAAUGAUUAUGACUUGGCAGGUUUUGCAGUGGGUGCAGUUGAGAGAUCCAAACUUAUUCCCAGCACAGAUAAAAUUCAGGAAGGAGAUAUAAUCAUUGGAUUAGCAUCUAGUGGCGUUCAUAGUAAUGGUUUCAGCCUUGUUCGCAAGGUCUUGGAAAGAUCUGGGUUUCAGUAUUCUGACCCAGCACCAUUCAGCACUUUUGGAAAAUCAUUUGGUGAAGAAUUUCUGACUCCAACAAAGAUCUAUGUAAAAAGCUUACUUCCAGCUGUGCAGAGUGGAAAAGUAAAAGCAGUGGCACACAUCACAGGUGGUGGGCUGACGGAAAAUAUUCCUCGUGUUCUACCAAAAGGCUACAAAGUUCAGAUUGAUGCACUAAAAUGGAAAAUACCACCAGUAUUUGGUUGGUUGGCGGCUGCAGGUGGCAUAAAUGCAUCCGAACUUCUUCGGACAUUUAACUGUGGGAUUGGAGUUAUCAUUAUUGUGAGUGCUUCAGAUGCAGAGGCUGUACUUCAAUUAAUUGCUUGUGAAACGCCGUGUACUAUCGGAACUGUGGAGUUACAAGGUGAUAGAGAUGCAAGUCAAGUUAUAGUUAAGAAUUUUGUCUCUGUAAUGGAGACAGUAAUGAGACCAUUUGUGAAUUCAGUCAUGAGGGUGCAUACCCGCAACAGAAAGCAAGUUGGGGUUCUUAUUUCUGGCAGUGGCACAAAUCUUCAGUCUCUUAUUGAUGCUACCAUUGAUCCGGGCAAAGGAACAGGUGCUGAGAUUGUAAUAGUCAUCUCCAACAAGCCUGGAGUACAAGGACUUAUAAGAGCAAAGAAUGCUAACAUUCCUACAAAGGUCAUUCCCCACACAGCGUAUAAAUCACGUCUUGCAUUUGAUAUGGCUGUACAUUCAGAAUUAACGGCAGCCGGAGUGGAAAUAGUGUGUUUGGCUGGUUUCAUGAGAAUACUGACUGGUGAUUUUGUGAGGUUGUGGCGAGGUCGACUUAUUAACAUACAUCCAGCUCUGCUACCUUUGUUCAAAGGGACGCACGCUCACAGACAGGCACUGGAAGCCGGUGUCAGAAUCACUGGCUGUACGGCGCACUUUGUAGAGGAGGAUAUUGAUGCUGGGGCUAUACUAGUACAAGAAUCAGUACAAAUUGAAGUGGGAGAUACUGAGGAAAGUCUUCAGGAACGUGUCAAACUGACUGAACAUAAGGUGUUCCCUAAAGCUCUUAUGCUGGUAGCUACAGAAAAAGUUUUCCUUAAUGAGGCUGGAAAACUAGUAUGGAAAUAGUGAAUCUCAGGGAAAGUGAUACAGACUGUGCUACUCUGGCCAUGUCCUGCCCAGCGUAUGUCAUCAGCAGCUGAGCCUAAUGCAUUCACCAUCGUCCUCCCAAGUAUUUACAACUUGGUCUGUCAAGUGCCUUAAAAAUAUUUCCUUCUUUGGAGGCAUUCCUAAGCAUAAUCUUAAUCUGGGAUACUGUCUUAUAAUCUUCAUGGAAUCCUGUCAUAGUUCCUCCAUCUUGUGAAACAUUCCUUCCAGUUUGUUCCAUAUUGCAUAAAAUCUUUUUUGGUUGUAUGAAUAUUACCUAUUUUUUAUACAUGUAAUGAAUAUUUGAUACUUUUAUAUGUUUAUGUUAUACUUUGCAAACAUUCUUACAUUUCAUUUGUUGUUAUAUGAUAUGUUAUAGUAAAGUAAUAAACAUUGAUUUUCACUCACAGAAAGGUA